GUUAGGGUGCACAUUCCCCACCAGGACAGUGACACAGCCACGCCACAAGGUAAACAAGACUUCUCAAACUUUUCUGAAAUGUCAAACUGAGAUGUUUGCUAUUUUGUUCCUUCAUGCUGCAUGACCUUUUAAAAAAUUGUCAAAAGUUACUUGUGUUAUCAACAAAUUACAACCAAGGCAGCAUGUGUAUGCUUUGACUUAGUAUCUCAGCAUUAAACUGCCCUGAGCCCUACUUCUUUUUACAAUGCUUUGCACUUUGCUGUUUUUUGCACCUUCAGUCUGAUGCUUUAUUGCGGUUGGUUGCCUCCAUCCUUUAAGUGAAAAUAAAGAUGAAUUUCACCUUGUGCUGUGACAUGUGAUUCAUUUAACUGUUGAUGUGAAUCAAUGACAUGGAUUGAUUCAUUUCAUUUGUUUAAGAAACGAUAUACUCAGUGUUUGGGACCUGUAAUAGCUUCUCAUGAUUAUGAAUCAAAGUGUUGCUAACUUGAAGUGAUUUUAUGAGCAAACGAAUAAAGGAAAAACUUUUUACUAUUCUCUGGUAACACAAUGACUCUUCAAAUGUUUAGAUGGAGAAACUCUUGAUUUUCGUUGUGAUGUGCGCAGUGUGUUCUGCAGUACCUCAAGGUAUGUGAACUUUUAUACACAGGCUUGUGUUUACAUAGUUCAAAGUCAUUUCAGACAGAAAGCUUCUGUUUAUUCGAAUCACAGGAAAUUCUUAUUGUUAAACAAUAACUUGUGAUAAAUUCUUUCGGUUUGAUUUCUCCUUUGUACAGAUCUGACGGGCAAAGUUUUCGUGUUUCCCAAAGAGACAGGCACAGACCAUGUGAAGCUUUUGACCUCAAUGACUCUGUUCAACUCUGCGACUGUCUGUAUGAGGUAAAAAAAAAAAAAACUGUUACAUCAUUAUCCUCUCCUGCUUCAGAAAAAUAAAGAAUUUCCCAGCUAACAACACCUGGCAUGUCUGUUCAGAUUCAAGACAGAUCUCUCCAGGAACUACGGCCUCUUCUCCCUAGCAACACCAUCCUUCAACAAUGACUUUGUCCUCUUUAAGCCCAGUACAGGGGGCGUGAUCAGGAUGCAUGCUCUUGAUGGAGGCACUGACUUCCUGUCAUUGUCUUUUCCACCAAACACGUGGCACUCCAUGUGUGCCACCUGGAACUCUGGGAAUGGCCUGAGUCAGCUGUGGGUGAAUGGCAAGCCAAGUAUCAAGAGGUUUAUCAAAACUGGACCCAUCAAAGGGGCUCCCAUCACCAUCCUGGGCCAAGAGCAAGACUCCUACGGUGGAGGUUUUGAUGCAACUCAGUCGUUCCUAGGUAUGAUUACCAAAGUCCAUAUGUGGAACUACGUGCUCUCUAAUGAAGAGAUCCAACGGUAUGUGAAGAACGAACAGUUCACUCCGGGUAACGUGUUCAACUGGAGAGCCCUGGAUUUUCAGAUCACAGGAGCUGUUUAUGUGGAAGAUGAAUGAAGUCAUGCAUCAAUGUUGAACCAUGAAUGAUGGAGCAUUCUCAAUCAAAGUGUUUCAAAUACAUGAUUAAAAUGUCUUCAAACACUGGAGUAUUUUUUCUAUAUCCUUCCUCUCACCAAGUUAAGGGUCGGUUUUGACCCGUGUCUUAAAUCAGCUGUAAAUUACACUAAAAACAAUUCUCUAUCACCCAGUUUGGUUCUCAUCUUUAGGUUACAGUCAUUAUCCAUGAAAAUAUUGCUUGCAUUAUUUUUUGUAGUGGUCCUCUGGGCCUUUCUUUGUCAGUAUACCCCUCAAACAGACUUCUAUACUGAAUUGAUCUCACGUCUGGACAUGCCCAACAGUUUUUGUGCAGGGAAAAACUUCGCAAAAUAAAAUUUUUUCUAAAUCUCA